CAAAGUGGAAGGAGCAGUUGAGUGAGUAGCUUGUAAGCAAUUGGGGAGGGGGAAUUGGAGUGGGAUGUGAGGAGUGAAAGCCUUAAAUUUGUAGGGAUUGAUAGGCGAGAUCGUUGUACAUUCUGGUUUAUAAAUACUCAAAAGCAAUUACUGGACACUGGUCCUGAGUGCUGAUUGUCCCCCAGGCUUUCUGUCUGCAGUCUGUGUAUCUGCCCUUCAGGUCCACCCUUAGACUGAAGCUCUAACUGAACUGAAGGAAGGAGAAACAGCCUCCCUGAAUUCUUGAAGGUCUGUCAGACUUAGGCUCUGUGUACCUACAAGCACAGUGGAAAACAGCAAGCAGCUACUGAUCCCUGGAAGCUGGUCCUGCUCAGCUACAAAACCUUGGCAGAACUCGAGAUCUGAGCUGAAGACCCUCACCUUGAAGUGAAUUCAUCUCAUUUGGGCAGGCCAGUUCCACACCCUGGAUCAGAGAAUCACUCCAGCUGUACCAUGAGCCGUGUUCGGGAUGCUGGCUGUGUAGCUGCAGGGAUAGUGAUUGGGGCUGGUGCCUGGUACUGUGUCUACAAAUAUACCAGGGGAAAAGACCAGAAGAAGAAGAGACUGGCCAAGCCCAAGAAUCGGGCUGCAGCAGGAACUGGAGCCAGGGCUAGAGCUGGGUUAAAGGCUGGAUUCACAAUUGACCUUGGGCCAGACUUCAGUCCUCCCAUGCCAAUCAGUGUUGAGGCAGAAGACCAGGCCCAAGAGGAAGCCUCCACUUUUGAUAUGGCUGGGGCUGAGGCAGCGCACCCAGCUGCAUCCAGUACAGAGGCUCAAUGUGGGGCAGGAAGUCAGACCCAGGAGAAAGAUGAGGUUGGGGUUAGGCCUAAAGCUGAAUCAGUAGUUGGAGCUGCAGCAGCUUCUGCAAUGGUACCACUUGCUAAGGUGGCAGAGACUGCCACUGCUGCAGAGGUCCCCACAAUAGCUGAUGCUCCUAAAGUGGCAGAAGCUCCCAGGACAACUGAGGUUUCUGGGCCCACAGCCCCUCCCAAGGCUGCAGCAGCUUCCGAGCCAGGAACUGCUCUCAGAGUAGCACCAUCUCCUGGGGCAGCAACACCUCCCAAAGCAGCAGUGCCUCCUGGGGGAGCAGCACCUCCCAGGGCAGUAGCACCUCCCAGGGCAGCAGCACCUCCCAGAGCAGCAGCACCUCUCAGGGCAACAGAACCUCCUGGGGCAACAGUACCUCCUAGAGCAGCAGCGCAUCCCAGGGCAGCAGCACCUGGCAAGGCAGCAACACCUGGCAAGGCAGCAGCACCUCCCAGGGCAGGAACGUCUCACAUGCCAGCAGCCACAGAGGUUGUGGAGGUUCCUCGGGUGGCAGCAACUACUGAGGCCACUGGGGCUUCAGGAAAGGCACUUGUAGAGGUGGCUGAGGCACUUCUCCCUGUAACACCGGCUGGAGCAGCAGCACCUGCUGGAACUACAGAGGCCCCUGGGACUUCAGGGUCCCUUAGGAUAGCAGCAGCUGCCAAGAAAGCAACCCCUGGGGCUCAUACUGGGGCUAUACCUAAGGCUGGGCCAGCUACUGGAGCUGUACCCAAAGGUGGUGCCAAAGGAGCAACCAGGUCCCGGAAUGGAGGCAAAGGCAAGAACAAGAAAAAUAAGGUUGAAGUAGAUGAAUUAGGAAUGGGCUUCCGCCCUGGGGAUGGGGCUGCAGCAGCUGCUGCAGCUUCUGCUAAUGGAGGACAGGCUUUCUUAGCAGAGGUCCUUGAUUCUGAGGAAGGGGAGUCCGGGUGGACUGACACAGAAUCAGAUUCAGACUCUGAACCUGAGAUUCAGCACAGAGGAAGGGGGAAAAGAUCUGUUGCAAUGCAGAAACGCCCCUUUCCUUAUGAAAUUGAUGAGAUUCUGGGUGUCCGGGACCUCAGGAAAGUCCUUGCCUUGCUUCAGAAAUCUGAUGAUCCUUUCAUCCAACAAGUAGCUUUGCUCACCCUGAGCAACAAUGCCAAUUAUUCCUGUAAUCAAGAGACAAUUCGCAAGUUGGGAGGCCUCCCAAUUAUUGCAAACAUGAUCAACAAAACUGAUCCUCAUAUUAAGGAAAAAGCCUUAAUGGCCAUGAAUAACCUGAGUGAAAACUAUGAAAACCAGGGCCGGUUGCAGGUGUAUAUGAAUAAAGUGAUGGAUGAUAUUAUGGCUUCUAACCUGAAUUCAGCAGUACAGGUAGUUGGACUAAAAUUUUUAACAAAUAUGACUAUUACUAAUGACUACCAGCAUCUGCUCGUCAAUUCAAUUGCAAACUUUUUCCGAUUGUUAUCUCAGGGAGGUGGAAAAAUCAAGGUUGAGAUUCUGAAAAUACUUUCAAAUUUCGCUGAAAAUCCAGAUAUGCUAAAAAAACUUCUCAGUACCCAAGUACCAUCAUCAUUUAGUUCCUUGUAUAAUUCUUACGUGGAAUCAGAAAUUCUUAUUAAUGCUCUCACUCUCUUUGAGAUUAUCUAUGACAAUCUCAGAGCAGAGGUGUUCAACUACAGAGAAUUCAACAAAGGUUCCCUCUUUUACUUAUGUACUACAUCUGGAGUGUGUGUUAAGAAAAUCCGAGCCCUAGCAAAUCAUCAUGACCUCCUGGUGAAAGUGAAAGUUAUAAAAUUAGUGAACAAAUUCUGAUUGCUAUGUGUUUUCUUAAGAGACUUGAAUUUCUUGGUUUUUGUGGUAGGGAAAUAUUGAAAAUUGGAAGUUACUGUUUUUCCAUUUGUUUAAAUAGUAAAAGGGAUCUUUUCAGCUGCCAGUUUUGAAUAAUGUAUCAUCCAGUGUGAUGUUAUCUGUGACAGUCGCCAGCUUUAAGCUGAACCAUUUUAUGAAUACCAAAUAGUCCUCUUGUACUAAAAACACAUUUGUGAAUUUAAUUUGCUGCUUGGAUGGAAUAUUUUUACUAGUUCCUCUAUGUGAAUUGAUUGUGAGCCUGUCCCUGAAUGGCCUACUCUGCUUGUUUUGACUUGAAUAUAUCCACCAAAGACUUCAUUUGUGUAUCAUCAAUAAAAGUGUAUGUUUCAGAUAACAA